CCUGUUCUUACUGCUGUGGGGGGCAAACACAGGUGGGUGUCAGGUAAACGUUGCGGUAUUUACAGAGUGGCAUUGAUUUACGCGCUGUUCAAUUUACUGAAAAAAUCCCACAAGCUGCAGAAUAUCCUGGAAACUGGAGAGAGGUGGUGGGGAAACUAUAGGUCUGCUGUUUUGAGCAAACAGUGAAGCCAAUGGCUUUGGCGCCGCGGAGUCACAUGGUGGCAGAGUGACACACCUGUGUGGAGCCGCGAGGGGCCUCGCAGUUGCGCCGGAGACAGGUAGUAGAGCAGAAGGUUGACGCCGAGGCACGGCGCAGGGUACGGUACAUGUGCGGGUCUUCGGAAACCAUGAAUCGGGAAGAUCAUUAUUAUCCUUCUCAGGUUUUUAAAGACUCCUGUGCCUACCAGAGAUCACAGGGGGAGGACUACAACCACAGCCCGCCGCCUUGCCUCUACAUGAGCAGGCAGGUGCACUCCGUCUACACACCGCCGUCCAUGGGAGCCUUGGAGCAGGCCAGCCUUCCUGACAUUGCCCCCUCGUAUAGCCUACCCAUGCGGGAGGAUCCAGGUGUGCCUCAGCUCCACCAUCCUCAGGGGCUCCAGCAGCAGCCUCUCCUGCCCGCUGCAGCGUAUGGAGACACGGGGGAGCAGAGCAGAUACCACCUCCCUUUCCCCUGGAUGAAAACCACUAAAUCUCACUCACACACCUGGAAGGGACAGUGGGCAGGACCGUACGUGAUGGCGGAUACCGAGGAAAACAAGCGCACGAGGACGGCCUACACGCGCGCCCAGCUGCUGGAGCUCGAGAAGGAGUUCCUAUUCAACCGCUACAUCUCGAGGCCGCGCCGCGUGGAGCUGGCUCUGACCCUGAGCCUCACCGAGCGCCACAUCAAGAUCUGGUUCCAGAACCGGCGCAUGAAGUGGAAGAAGGAGGAGGACCGGAGGAGGGCGAGGGGGUCUGACCCGGACCAGGACGCCUCUAUUACAUCUGGAGACCAGGGGGAGGCUGCAGGAGGGGUCACCUCUACGAACGGACCUCACACCAACAUUUCACCUCCUGUUUCCCCGCUGCACGGUCACUCCCUCUCCGCUCCUGGGUCAAGAGAGCCGGCGUAGAACCCGCAGGAAGUUCUCAAGACUUAAACUCAUAUUGCAGGCAUCUGUUUCCAAAUCCAGAUUCUAAAUCAAUAAAUUGGGACCCCCGCAUUUUUGGAUAC